AUUGAUGUCAUUUAAUAAAUUUAAAGGACGGCUUCCUCGAAUAUCAGAGCAUGUCAUAGCUUUGGAGUUAGCUCACAACUCUUUUUCAGGAUCCUUAUCUUCUUUAUUGUGUGACCCCGAUCCGCGUAACAAGUACAUGUUGGUGUAUUUGGACAUAUCAAAUAAUUAUCUGGUUGAAGAACUUCCAGAAUGUUGGAGCAGUUGGGCAUCUUUGUCUUACAUAUACCUAGGGAAUAAUCAGAUGGUUGGUCAAGUUCCUCCAAGGAUGGGUUCAUCGUUUUCUCAUCUGAGAGCACUAGAUCUACAAAAUAAUGGCUUUUCUGGUCAUGUACCUUCGACUUUUUGUCAUUGCACAUCUUUGGUGUUCAUCAAUUUAGAAGGAAACAACUUUUCCGGAAAUAUACCAUCAUGGCCGCAAAAUAUAUCAGUUUGUGAAGCUGAGAUCCAAUCAAUUUACAGGCACUUUUCCUCCCCAGCUCUGUAGUCUCUCUGCUUUGAUUGUAUUGGAUCUUGCAAAAAACAAACUUUCAGGAUCAAUCCCUCAUUGUCUGCUCAAUAUAACCCUUAUGAUUUCGGGCCGAUUUCUUGAAAAUGCUUUAAGCAAACAAGAUCAACUUGUAUCAACUGGCUUUCCAUCUCCACAAGAAUUCAAAAUAUAUUUGCAGACAAAGGGUCAACAAUUACAGUAUGAUAAAAAUUUGAAGCUCGUGCGAAGUAUUGAUCUAUCAAUGAACAAAUUCACGGGAGAAAUUCCUAUCCAAUUGUUCAAGCUCACUCAAUUACAAUCAUUGAACUUAUCGUAUAAUUAUUUGACUGGAGAGAUACCGGAGCAGAUUGGAGAGAUGAAAGAUUUAGAGUCUCUUGAUUUAUCCCAUAACAAUCUUCAUGGGAACAUUCCUCAGAGUAUGUCUGGUCUAUCUUUUCUAAGUGUUUUGAAUCUUUCAUACAACCAUUUUAGUGGACGAAUUCCACUGGGAACUCAGCUUCAGGGUUUUGAUGCAUGGAGUUAUGUUGGGAAUCUUGAGCUUUGCGGAGCUCCUCUUCCAAAUAACUGUACAGUACCAGAAAAGCUAGACAAUACAAAACAAGUUAAAGGAAAUGAUGAUGAUGGCUUUUUGAGGUCAUUGUAUCUUGGGAUGGGAGUUGGAUUUGCGGUGGGAUUCUGGGUAGUUUGUGGUUCUCUGUUCCUAAACAGAGCAUGGAGACACACUUAUUUUCGAUUCUUUUAUGGUGUGGUUGAUCGAAUCUUUGUCUUUGUGGUCAUAAAGCUUCAAAGAUUUCGCUGAUCAGGAAUAAGAGACAACAUUAGUAAUAACAAGUUGAUUGAAGGGCUUUCAAGAAUCGUAUACGUCCCCAAGACUUCGCUAGAUAAGCUCUUUGAUCGAUGGAAGUUAGGUUCAAGGUACUGUCAAAGCUUUCAAGUUUCAAGUGUUCAUAUGUUUUUGGCUAUUGAAGCACGUUGUGAUGUUGAUGACACAAAAACGUGUGGUGAUGUCUUGUAAGCUGUUUGUAUGUCAUUGUGAUUAAUAUAUUAAUUGUUGGGUUCAGAUUUUGUGAGGUACACAAAAUUUGGCUCUUUAUACGAAUUUGUUUGGUUCAAUUAUUAUGAAGAGGUGUUGUCAUAUUCAAUUUUAGUUAACCUCACUAGUGUUGUUGGGAGUAUAGAACAAGCAAUUAUUUGCUGAUCACUAGAAUCGCGUUUGUUUUCCAUAGCAGAGAGACAACAACAGCUGCUUUCUUAACUUGAUCCUGCAAUUUUAGAAUA